CUCACAUGUGGCCUAGAGAGACGCCGUCGCUGUUUGCGGUGUUUUAGCAUCUACUGCCCGAAACACCGAAUAUAAAACACAUAUUACGGCUUUAAUCGCGUGUCGCACACAGCUACUCCCGAGCCAACAUGCCUCCCAAGAAACCCGCCCAGCCUGCGGCGAAUAAAAAGACCCAGGAGAAGAAAAAGGAAAAGAUUAUUGAGGACAAGACAUUUGGCCUGAAGAACAAGAAGGGGGGGAAGCAGCAGAAGUUCAUAAAGAAUGUGGAGCACCAGGUCAAAUCGGGAGGACCUCCGAGGCCAAAGGCGGAUGGCAAGAAGGGGGAUAAGAAGAAGGAGUUGGACGAACUCAACGACCUCUUCAAACCCGUCAUCGCUGCUCAGAAAGUCGCCGCAGGCGUGGACCCCAAAUCGGUGCUCUGUGCGUUCUUCAAACAGGGCCAGUGCACCAAAGGAGACAAGUGCAAGUUCAGCCACGACCUCACCAUGGAGAGGAAGUGUGAGAAGAGGAGUCUGUACGUCGACAAGAGGGACGACGAGCUGGAGAAAGACACUAUGGACGGCUGGGACGAGAAGAAGCUGGAGGAGGUGGUGGCCCAUAAGCACGGAGAGUCAGAGAAGAAGAAAGUCAAAACAAAUAUCGUGUGUAAGCACUUCCUGGACGCCAUCGAGGGCAACAAGUACGGCUGGUUCUGGGCGUGUCCGUCAGGCGGAGAAGUCUGCAUGUACCGCCACGCUCUGCCACCAGGCUUCGUCCUGAAGAAAGACAAGAAGAAGGACGAGAAGGAGGAAGAGAAGAUCUCACUGGAGGAGCUGAUCGAGAACGAGAGAGCGGCGUUGGGAGCUAACGUGACUCGGAUCACUCUGGAGACUUUCCUGGCCUGGAAGAAGAGGAAAAGGCAGGAGAAGAUUGAGAAAGCGAGGGAGCAGAUGGAGAAGAAGAAGGCCGACUUCAAGGCGGGGAAAUCGCUAACGGUGAGCGGACGCGAGGUGUUUGAGUUUCGUCCAGAUUUGGUGGACGAAGACGACGAUGAAGCCGACGACACUCGAUACAUCAAUGAAGACGAUGAUGAAGAUGAGAACGACAUGGAGGAGGAUGACUUUGUAGACGUCCAGGACAUCGAUCUUUCCCGCUUUGUUCCACAAGAAGUCGACCACACCGUGGGAAUCACCGUCGCCUCCACGGACCGCUUCUCCUCCAGGAGCAAGGCCCGGCCCACAGACCCAGACUCCGAGGAGCUGCUGAACGGAGCCUGCGGCGGGGAAGACGCUAACGGUCUGUCGGAGGAAGAGGAGGAGGAGGAAGAGGAGGAAGAGGAAGUGGAGGAAGUACCGGUGGACGAGAACUUGUUCACAGGAGAAGAUCUGGAGGAACUGGACGAAGAACUGAACGAACUGAAUCUGGAGGACUGAGAGACACAACGUGAAGGCUGUGGGCCGGAGAGGAACCCCCCAAAGUUUAAUGAGAUGUAGAGUAGGGGUCUCCAGGACAGAGGACCUGCCGGAUGCUGAGCUGCACAUGUUGGGCAGUUUGCACAAUGACCUCAAGUUGUGUUCGGUAGCAUUAUUAGCAUAUUCUAAUAGUAGCUGAUUGUUUGGAGUGUUUUUGGGGGUUAUUGACGAUUAUUAGGAUCAAUACCAGAAAGUGGCUUUAUUUGUUCUCUCUCUCUGGACUGAUUUAGCAUUUUAUUCAAAUAUAUAACCAAUCUGUCCAAUUCAAAGGAUCCAGAGUCUUCUAAUAUCUUCAAAAUCAGCCUCAAAGUCAGUUAUUGAGGAUGUUCAGGAUCAGAAAGUGUCCACAUCUGUCCUCUCUGUGGACUGAGUUAGCAACCAUUGGAUACAGAGAGCACAACAUAAUCAUUGUUACCUCGACUGUGGACAGUUUUUUUUCAAAUAAAUAAGCAAUCUGUCCAAUCCCAAUGAUCCAGAGUCCCCUUACACUUCAAAAAAAUAAUCAAUAUCAGCCAACAGAGUUCAAAUAUAACUACUUUCUGGUUAGAAAUCGACCCCAAAAACACUCAAAUUGUCCAAAUCUUCCAACUACUAAGCGUAUGCCAAUGAACACAGCUUAUGCUAAUUGUGCUAAUUCCCCAACAUCUGCAGGUUAGCAUCCGGCAGCUUCUAUGUGUUUCAGACCCUUACUCCACAGGUGUGUCAUUGCGCUCUGGGGUCUUCCACGUGUUCACAGCAGGACUCAAUGAGCUGCAGACGGACGGAUGCAUGGCGACAAAGAGACCCGGCGUUUGAUUUUAAAACUUCAGAGACUCCAGAAACACAGCCUGAUUAUCUCAUGACAUCACUUCCUGUCGCGGCCGACUACUACAUCUUUGUUUUCUGUCGGCGUCCAGAUAUUUCCAUUAAAAGCAGAAUUUGUGCACUU